CUUUGCCACAACCGCAAGGACGUCCUCCUGGACCAUCCACUCUCACAAGGGUCCCACCCAUGUGCCAUCUCACUUUGACCUGCGUUACUUAACGGGUCUGUCACAGUCCGUCACGGCCCAUCCCCCCCCACUUCACGACCCUCGCCUUCCGUUAAAGCGCUCUCCGACUCUCUCAUCAACGCGCCUCCCGUCUUCCCUAACGUCGUCGUUCUACAGCCCCUAACUGUAACGUCAAUUCAAUGGCUUCCUGUGACGACGAUUUCUCUCUCCUUGGUGACGAUAACCACCAUUCAACCAACCCUAACCACCACCAUCACCACCACCACCACAUCCUCCACCAACCUUAUGAGCCUCAUCCGUUCACUGUAAAAUCAGCUCCGAUCCACGUGCCACCUCAGUCAAUAUUGCCUUCCCCCGUCGCCGGAUCUGGCACCGGCGCCAAAAGUCUUGGAGGAGGCGUAGAAGAAGCAGAAGAACAAGUAGUAGUAGAAGAAGACAACGAGACUGAUUCAGCUUUCCAUGAGGUGAAUCCUUUUAGUGACAAUUCAAAUCCUUUCAAUAACGAGAGAAAUUUACGGGCGAACAAGAGAAGAGAAGGAGAAGAUCACAGCGAUGGAGCCAACAGCAAUCACUACAUUUAUAAAAGACCAAGGCCGUCCGGUAGUGCAGGGAAUUCUAGUGGAGAAUACAGGAAAGAUCGAGAAGAGUGGAGCGAUACGGCGAUUGAAUGCUUACUGGAUGCGUACACUGAGAAGUUUACGCAGCUCAACAGAGGGAAUCUGAGAGGUAGGGACUGGGAGGAGGUAGCGGCGACAGUGAGCGAGCGAUGCCAGAAGCAGGCCAAGACUGUGGAGCAGUGCAAGAACAAAGUGGAUAACUUGAAGAAAAGGUAUAAGUUGGAGAGACAUAGAAUGAGUAAUGGAGGUAUCUCGGUGAGCCAUUGGCCUUGGUUUAAGAAGAUGGAAGAAAUUGUGGGGAAUUCACUGCCUAUGAAGGUCACUACCGAUGAGAAUAAAAGCGGUGGCUCUUCUGGUACUGCAGCUAGGCAGUCCAAGAGAUGUACAACCGCAACAGCAGGUCAUGUAGAUCAGACAAAUAAUAUAAAGUCCAAAUCUAUGUGUAACAUCAGAUGGCGGAGAGUAGUAUUGAAAAUCAGUGGUGUAGCUCUUGCUGGUACUGGUCCUAACAAUAUUGACCCAAAGGUGAUGGUGUUGAUUGCAAGAGAAGUUGCAAUUGCUUGCCGCCUUGGUGUAGAGGUUGCAAUUGUCAUUGGAGGUCGUAAUUUCUUUUGUGGAGAAACAUGGGUGACUGCAACAGGUUCAGAUAGACGUACUGCCUACCAAAUUGGUAUGAUGGCAAGUGUAAUGAAUUCUAUAUUACUCCAGUCAGAACUGGAGAAGAUGGGUGUUCAAACGCGUGUGCAGACUGCAUUUACAAUGCAGGAGCUUGCUGAACCAUACAAUAGGCAACGUGCAAUCCGGCAUCUUGAGAAAGGUCAAGUUGUGAUAUUUGGAGGCAUUGGUACUGGCGCUGGAAAUCCACUCUUUUCAUCAGACACUGCUGCAGCUCUUCAAGCUUCAGAGAUACAUGCUGAGGCCGUCCUGAAAGGUACUAAUGUUGAUGGUGUCUAUGAUUGUCAUUCUCGAGACAACAAUGUUACUUUCGAGCAUGUUUCCUUUAGGGACUUGGUCUCCAGAGGUGCCACAUCAAUGGAUAUGAUGGCACUAACCUGCUGCGAAGAGAAUGGCAUUCCUGUUGUGGUGUUUAACCUUCUUGAACCUGGAAACAUUUCAAAAGCUUUAUGUGGAGAGCAAGUUGGCACACUGAUUGAUCAAACAGGAUCUAUCAGCUAACAUCCACCAAUUGAAGCCUUCCCAGGUAUUAUAUGAUCAUUAGGCACCUAAAAUCCAGUGGCUGCGAUACUCUUUGUCAUGACUAAAAAUGGCUUUUCUCAGUAUAUUACUCGAGAAUGCUGGACGGAUCUUCUGACUUGCAAAACUUCUGUUAAUAACUUGAUUUAUUCAUUGAUGAAGUUGAAUUCUAUUGGUGUCAAACUCUUGUAAUUUGUAAAUUGUGUAGAGUAGUUGAAAGCGAUGAAUGGUGAAGAACGGUCGUUCUUGGUAGAUUAGCAGUUUGUGAUGUAAUGUAGAGUUGAGAUUCAUUGCACAAUGUAAAACUGUUUUAUAGGAACAUGCCAUGCAAGUGGAGGUUCAUGUGAUUGUAUCAUUUACUUUUCUUGUCA